AUGCCUUCCUGUGCCGCAAAACGAUUCGGAACCGAGACACUCUCGAAGGAGGAACGAGCACUCCUCAGCCAGCCGCUCACUUUGCCCUUCUCCGGAAAGGUGGUCAAGAACCGAUUCUGCAAAGCUGCAUUGAGCGAAUCCCUUGCUCGCUCAGAUGGGCAGAUCGACAAACAACACAUGGACCGGCUCGUCAACGUCUACAGUGCCUGGGCCAAGGGCGGUUCAGGACUUAUCCUGACAGGAAACGUGAUGGUCGAUAGGACGAUGCGGGAGAUGGAACACAAUGUCGCUGUUGAGGAUGAACGAGACCUGGGACGACUUAAGGCAUGGGCUGAGGCGGUUCAGUCUGAGGGUGCGGCUCUUUAUGCCCAAGUUAGCCAUCCUGGUCGACAGACCCAUGCUCAUCUCACAAAGGAGCCUGUUGCUCCAAGCGCCGUUCCCAUGGCGAAUUUCCACCCGCUCAUGACAUUUAACCCUCCGCGAGCUCUCACGACCGCAGAAGUUCAGGGUCUGGUGCAAUCCUACGUUAAGACCUCAGUCGUUCUUCACAAAGCAGGAUUCGAUGGCAUCGAACUCCAUGCUGCACACGGCUACCUCAUUAGCCAGUUCCUCAACCCACGGACGAACGAACGUACAGACGACUAUGGCGGUAGUCUCGAAAACCGUGCCAGGUUCUUAUCCGAGAUCAUCCAAGGGAUCAAAGCAACAACGCCCAAGGAAUUCUCCAUCGGUGUGAAACUCAAUAGUGUCGAUUUUGGGCGAAGGCGUAGCUCUUCCGAAACCGUUACUGCUUCGACCGCAACCCCCUCGUCCGUCGAAGGAAAAGGCUCUGAUAGGAUCGACCGCGAUCUGGAGGAAGCUGUUCAGGUCUCGAUCAUGCUCCAGGAUUUGGGAGUCGAUUUCAUCGAGAUCUCUGGGGGGAGCUACGAGAGCUUUGCUGCAGGAUUGAUGGAUGGAAAAGCAACAGGAGAUGACAAGACCUCCGCUGCAUCUGGUGCUACGGAAAGGACCCGAAAGCGCGAGGCACAUUUCGCAGUGUUUGCAGAACGUAUCUCCAGCGCCCUCACGACCACGAAGGUGAUCCUCACGGGCGGAUUCGUCAGCGCCUCGGCCAUGGCAGAAUCAUUGAAGACGACCGCCGACAGCGGGAAGGCCCAUAUCGACAUGGUUGGCUUGGGCCGCACUAUCUGCACAGAACCUGAUCUACCAAACUUGAUCAUGUCUGGUGCUGUGACGGGAGCGAUCAAAUUACCAAAGACACCUGGCGGGUUCUUUGACGAUGUCUUUGUGUGUGGCGGUUGGGAUUCAGAGGAUCAAGCACCUCUUUUCAUGAACAAGUAA